AUGAUACAGAUCUGGAGUACGGGUAUACAUGAUACAGAUCUGGAGUACGGGAACACAGAGCGAAAGCCUUUCUCUACCUCCCAACAAGUUUUCACUGUUUCCUCCACAGUGUCUCUAAGUGUCGUGCUGCUGGGUAAAACUGGUUCUGGAAAGAGUGCCUCAGCAAACACCAUCCUGGGGAGGAAAGCUUUUAAAGAGGCUGUCUCAUUUGAAUCUGUGACUGAAAAAUGCAGUAAUCAACAUAUUGUAGUGGAUGGUAGACACAUUACAGUGAUUGAUACACCAGGAUUAUUUGGUACAGAACAGCCUACAGAAGAGCUGAAUGGUGAGCUGGAGAAGGGUGUUGAGAUGUCUGUCCCUGGGCCUCAUGCGUUCCUGCUGGUGAUCAGUUUAGCCGUGAGGUUCACAGAGGAGGAGAGGAAUGCUGUGAAGUUGAUCCAGGAUAACUUUGGUGAGGGGGCGCUGAAGUACACUAUAGUGCUCCUCACUCAUGGGGAUGUGCUGGAGGGGACACCAGUGUCAGAUUUUCUGCUCAAAAAUCAUGUUCUCUCAUCUCUUACUAGACAUUGUGGAGAUAGAUAUCACGUCUUCAACAAUAAGAGUAAAGACAGCACUCAGGUCAGAAAGCUAAUGGAGAAAAUUGAGGCCAUGGUGAAGAAGAAUGGGGGAGCAAACUACACCAGUGAGAUGUACAAGGAGGGAACCAAAGAAGCAUACACAUCAGGGAACCAGUAUUACCAGGUGAUAAGGGAAUACAUUCGGGCUGAACGAACCUCCACAAUGAGCGGAAUCUCAGAUGUCUUGAUAAAGAAGCUGGACCGUCUUGACACGGACAGCUUCAAAAGGUUCAAGAACUACCUUGAUGGCGAACGCAAAAUCCCCACCAAGAAGUUGGAGAAGGCUGAAGUAUCCAAUGUAGUGACCUUGAUGGUGGAUGCCUACGGUGAGAGCGACUGCGGCAGUGUCGUGUCGGACAUCUUGAAAAAGAUGAACAAGAUACAGUUGGCCAUGGAAGUGGAUAAGGAACUGCCAUCAGAGUUGGACCAUCAGGAUGGUUGA